AUGUGUCAAGCUGGAAGAGCUACCAUGGUCAAAGCAGUACUUAAUGCUGUCCCCAUGUAUCAAAUGAGCACUUACAAGAUUCCCAAGACCUUAAUCAACAAAACUUAUUACUCCAAAUUCUUCAAACUGGAAUGUCAGUCUUCUCCAAAUUCUUUUGAAACUGAAGUGGUUGAGAAGAUUUCAAGAAUGCAUAUCAACAUUUCUGAAGAAGAUAUUGUGAGAUGGAAGCCAACAAGAGAUGGUAAUUUUACAGUGAAAAGUGCCUACAACAAGUUGGUGGAAACCAGAUUCCAACAACAAGAAGUUAGUAUGACGGUUCCUAAAGAAGUUCGGAAGGAACUUUGGAAAAUGAAGGUUCCUCACAGGGUCAAACUUUUCAUAUGGAAGUGCUUGCAAGAUAUAGUGCAAACCAAAGUUAAAAUUAUCCGUUACAACAACAGCUCAGAUCCUAUUUGCAAGAUAUGUAAUCAGCAAAACGAAUCUCUCUUUCAUCUCCUUUGGGUCUGCACAUAUGCAAGAGUAGUUUGGAGAUAUCUCAAUGUUAAUGUGGAUAGAGUUGCUGACAGUUGUAACAACAUAAAAGAUUGGGUUAUGUCUUGGUUCAGUAAUCAGCAAGGAUUUGGCAUUGUUGAGUAUAACACCUGGAAAAUAACACUGAUGGUUGGCUGUUGGAUAAUCUGGAAAGAGAGAUGCGAAACUGUUUUCCAGAAUAAAUCACUUAAUCCAAUUUCGACAGUCUCGAGAAUUCAGUUUUAUCUGCAUAAUUUUUUGCAUGCAGCGAGAGAUGUUUCACCAGAACUACCUCAGUCUCUUCCUGUAUCACUAUUAUCAGUAGAUAUUCCUACUAUAUAUGUUGAUGCUUCAUAUGAUCACCUUACUAACAAUUCUGGCACCGAAAUGGUGAUUUUCUCUUGUGCAGGAACAUGUGUUGGUGUCAAAGGAUCAUACGCAGACGGAGUAAUAGAUGCGGAAGCUGCAGAAUGCAUGGCUAUUCGUGAAGUCUUAAGCUGGAUGGAAGCUUAG